UGCUGCUGGUGGUGGUGUGCUCAGGCUGGGAGAGCGGGACGGGCUGCAGGAGGAGAAGGGCUUUGUGGCUUUGCAAGAAGAAAGUGAGUGAGAUUUCUUCCAAGCAAGCGCUUAAGGAGUGCGGGAUAAACCUUCCAUGAAUGUUUGCAUUGUCUCUCCUUUAAUGAGCCGGUGUUACACUCACCCACGGCAAAGCCAUCGGUCCGGGUUCAUAUGCAUGGGCCCCGAAGAGAGCAAACUAAUCCUAACCACCCAGAAUAGUAUGGAUCAGACGAGUAGUGGAUUGUUGGGAACAUGUGUACCAGGUAUUACAAGUGGAUAAACAAUGUGCAGUGCUCUGAGCCCAACGGCACGAGGACCUGGCCUUUCUGAUAUGCACCAGUACAGCCAGUGGCUGGCCAGCAGACAUGAGGCCAACUUAUUACCAAUGAAAGAGGAUCUUGCGCUGUGGCUCACAAACCUACUGGGUAGGGAGAUAACUGCGGAAACUUUUAUGGAGAAGUUGGAUAAUGGUGCCUUGCUCUGUCGACUAGCUGAGACCCUACAAGAGAAAUUUAAAGAAAACAGUUUUGAUGCAAACAAGCCUGGCAAAAUCCUGCCAGUGCGGAAGAUUCCAUGCAAAGCCAAUGCUCCUUCAGGGUCUUUUUUUGCACGAGACAACACAGCAAAUUUCUUAUCCUGGUGCAGAGAUGUGGGGGUGGACGACACAUGCCUAUUUGAAUCAGAAGGCUUGGUCCUCCACAAGCAGCCCAGAGAAGUGUGUCUUUGUUUGCUGGAACUUGGAAGAAUUGCAGCCAGGUUUGGUGUGGAACCUCCCGGGUUAAUAAAGCUGGAGAAAGAGAUUGAACAAGAGGAAAUACUUUCAGCCCCUCUUCCAUCUCCUUCACCCUCCCCAACAAAGUCUCCGGGGAAAAAGAGCACAGGAAAACUGUUGGAUGAUGCUGUCAAACACAUUUCUGAAGAUCCUCCUUGUAAAUGCCCCAAUAAAUUCUGUGUGGAGCGUCUUUCACAAGGACGGUACAGAGUUGGAGAGAAGAUCCUCUUUAUUAGGAUGCUGCACAACAAACAUGUGAUGGUUCGUGUAGGAGGAGGAUGGGAGACUUUUGCAGGGUACUUGCUGAAACAUGACCCAUGCCGAAUAAUGCAGAUCUCUCGGGUGGAUGGGAAAACCUCUCCAAUCCAGAGCAAGUCUCCGACCAUCAAAGACAUGAAUCCAGACAAUUACUUGGUUGUUUCUGCCCAUUACAAAACCAAGAAGGAGAUUAAGUGAAAUUAACUUCUCGUUUGACUGGGACUAUAUAUAUGUAGGUCCAAAUUAUCUUCUUGAGUGUAGUAAAUUUAGUUUAUGCUUUGAAAGGACUUCAGAAAAUUUAACAGACUGAAAAUGGCAACCUGCUUUGAAGAUCUUUGAACUGUAGAACUAUUUAUUUCUAGUACUGUACCUUUUAUAGCAAAUUAUCCUUGAUAGGUUAAUUACUACAAUCAGAUAAGAAAUAGACAUAUAUUUUUAGCCAAAUCAUUACUCUUAAAUAUGUGAAUGUAUACUUGGAAUGAUUUAAAGGAUGUGGUUCAUGUUAAAGGGAAAACCGCAAUACAAUAUAUUUGUAUGAAAAACCUGUGACAUUGAGUCCAUGACUGUUUUUAGGUUAGUUGGAAAAGAUAUAUGUAGGCUGAGUGUGCAGAGUGAUAAAAGCUAUUUGCUAACACUUGCUGCCUACAGACUAAAAUCAAAAUGGACUAUUUUUUAUAGGUUGCAAUAAUAAGCAAUAAUUUUUAAAAAAGGAUUAUUGUGUGCUAUACAGUUCCCUAAAAAGGCCAUUUUAAAAAGUUUGUAUAUCCUUAAGCUACUUUGACAAAGUUAAUUUUAAGAUCCAGAUCCACAAAGGGAUUUAGACACCUACUCCCCAGAUUCAGGCACCUAAAUCGCAGAUUUAGGCACCACUGCAAUACACAAAACCUGCUUGGCUGCCACCUAAUCCUUUGGGUGCCUAAACUCAAUUUUUGUUAUAAAAGUUCCCUAGGCACCUAAGUUCCUGCCUCCGGGCAUGCACACAACCUCACAUCAGACAUCUGUACGCCUAUCUCAUGCCCCAGCAGGGUCCUCAGAUGAGGCUAAGAUAGGCAUUCCCCUGCCUAGCUCACUCACAGCAUGCCUACCAAAUAGGAGUACAUUCAAAGUCCCACCGGCUGAGGAAGUGGUGGCAAUGCCACCUCCCCCCUUAAAACAUUUAGCUCAGUGGUUAGAGCACUCACCUGGGAUGUGGGAGACCCGUGUUCAAUUGCCCCCCUCUGCCUUUUUGGAGGAAAGGAUUUCUGAAGAGGGGUCUCCCACCACACAGGUGAGUGCCUUAACCACAGUGGGAUGUUCUGAUGUAGGACUCCCUAAAACUCUCCUGUUGAAGCUGCUCCACUUUGGAAAAAUAAUUAGUCAUUGGAGCACAGGUAGUGGACCCUGGGUCUCCCAUCUUCCAAAGGAAUGCCCCCAUUUCGAGGUUCAUUCUCAGUUUAGCAUUCUGGCCCAAUGACUAAGCAUUUAUACAAGGUAGAACAGCUUCAACAGGAGAUACUGAGGAAGUCACACAUCAGACUAUCCUGUAGCCCAGCGGUUAGGGCAUGUCCCCAAGAGGUCGGAGCUCCCUGUUCAAAAUCCUUUCUCUCUACCAGACAGAGAGAGACAUUGUUUGCAGCUCUCCCAUAUGCUGGCCAAAUGAUCUAAUCACUAGCUAUAAGGUAGGCAGGACCCCCACCUCUAUCAGUGUUUCUUGCAUGAAAUGGCUUAGGUACCUAAUCCCAGGAGAAGGUUACCCAGCUCUGGCUCACAAGCAGAGAUGGGACUGCCCUACAGCCUAGACUUAGCUGCCUAACUUAGUAGAGGGUUGAGGCUUAACACACACGCCUCUUCUCAACAUCUCCUUAGUUUAGGUGGCUCCCCACCUAGCAUGCUGUUUUUUGUGAAUCCCAUUCUUAGGUGCUUAACUCUCUGUAUGCCUUUUAUAGGGAGUGUAGGUGCCUAACUCAGGGUUUGUGAAUUUCAGUGAUUUUUCUAGGUGUCUAAAAGUUAGUCUUUGCAAUGCUGAGUUCUUAAGUUCCUUUGUGGAUCCAGGCCUGAAUCCACCUGGUCCUUUCAUGGGUGCCCAGUGACAGGAGGAUAUAAGACGCAAUGGUUGAUUACACCAGGGAUUGUAAAUGACAAUGCACAAAGGGAUGUAGUACUGACAAUGCAGAUAGUGUGCAUGGGCACUCCGGUUUAAAUAUGUUGGUUGGGUGUGAAAAAUCCACUCCCCUGAGCAGCGCUGUUAAACCAACUUAAUUCUCCAUGUAGACAGUGCUAGGUCAUCAUAAGAAGUCUUCCACCAACUUAUCUACCACUUCUUGGGAAGGUGGAUUACCUAUGCUGAUGGGAGAAUGCCUCCUGUCAACAUAUCAGAGGGGUCAACGUCAGUAGUGUAUAGACUGAAACGCUAUAGUAACGCAGGUGCAGCAAUAGAGCCAUAAUGCUGUAGCAUUUGAAGUGUAGACAAGCCUUGAGUCAGAAUGCAACCUUGUGCUUCCCUUAUGGCAAGUCACCUUCAUGCUGCCCCUUACUUUGAGUUUGACUGAAAGGCACAGUCUAGCCCUACUUUUAGUAAAUUAAUUGGGUCAAAUAUGAACAGAUCCAUUGCUCACUCUUUAGAGCAAUUCAGAUUUUUGUAAAUCAUCCACAUGCCUCU